AUGUCAUUCCUUCGCUUUUUGUCCCUUUGGGCUAUCACCAUCGCCUGCGUGACGGCGCAGACCUUCACCGACUGCGAUCCGCUCAAGAAAGAUGAUUGUCCGGCAGCCCCGGCCUUGGGUACCAACCACACAUGGUACUUCAACUCGACCCUCGACGACACGAUCUGGAACGUCACCAACGGUCGGAUCUACUACACGGACGAGGGCGCCGAGUUCACCAUCAAAUCGAAGUUGCAAUCCCCCACGCUGCAGUCGAACUUCUACAUCUUCUUCGGUAUUGUCGAGUCCCACGUCAAGAUGGCCAAAGGUGCCGGUAUCAUCAGCAGUGUCGUGCUGCAGUCCGCCGAUCGAGACGAGAUUGACUGGGAAUGGGUCGGCUAUAACACCUCCCAGGUGCAAUCCAACUACUUCGGCAAAGGCAACGAUACGAGUUUCAACCGCGGUGGAUACCACGAUCUCACCAAUGCUGACUCCGAAUUCCACAACUACACCACCCACUGGACGCAAGAGAAAGUCGAGUGGUGGCUGGACGGCAAUCUCGUGCGGACGUUGAAAUACGAGGAUGCCUUGGAUGGCAAGAACUUCCCGCAAACGCCGAGCAACGUCCGCUUCGGUAUCUGGCCGGCUGGUGACUCCGGAAACAAACUUGGUACCAUCGAAUGGGCUGGAGGUGAGGUCGACUAUGAUAAGGGUCCUUACACCAUGGUGGUUCAGAAAGUGCGCGUGCACGAUUUCCACACCGGUAAGGAGUACUCGUACGGCGAUCGCUCCGGCUCGUACAAGAGUAUCAAGGUUGCCGAUGGUAACUCAACGGCCGUCGAAGAAUUGAACAAACCUCCCCCGAAGUCGACGGCGGAGAAAUGGGCCGAGCUACCUAUGGCGGCUCGGGUCGGUAUCUACUGCGGUGCCGCCGCCGCCGGCAUCAUCCUCAUCGUUGCGUUCGUCUUCUUCUUCAUCAAGCAGCGCAAGACAGGCCGUCUCGAACAUGCUCUCGAUGACGCCAAAUGGAACAGCAACCGCACCGAGAUGACCAACUUCCAACAAUCGGAAUGGAAGACACCCAGUGUUGGGCACAAGGGCUACCAACCGGUAGCAUAA